AUGUAUAUCAAGGAAAUAAUCAUCGAAGGAUUCAAGAGCUAUCAUCGGAAAAUAGUCGUUGAGAAGCUGCACCAACAGCACAAUGUCAUAGUUGGUCAGAAUGGGUCUGGAAAGAGUAACUUUUUCAGCGCUAUCGAGUUCGUCCUAAGCGAUGAAUACAAUAAUUUGCGCUCGGAGCAACGCGCUGCGCUGAUAAACAAAGGCUUGAAAUCUCGAUCGGAAACUGCGUAUGUGGAAAUUGUUUUGGAAAUGUCGCAUAAUGCGGUAAGAUGGGGUUCAACAGCUGGAUCACAGAACAUAGCACGUGUACGUCGUUCUAUUGGAUUUACUAAGCGUGAUCAGUAUAUGCUCAAUGGACAUAACGUUUCUCGGAAGGAGAUAAAAGAGUUCUUAGAAUCUGUUGGGCUAUCCAACUCCAGUCCCUAUUACAUAAUCAAACAGGGUAAAAUUAACCAACUCGCAAUGUCUCAGCCUCGACAGUUGUUGGAUGUACUAUUUGAAGUUGCUGGUAUUCGCGUGUACAAUGAGCAAUUAUCCAUUUCCAUGAAAAAUUUAAAAGCUUCAGAGGAAAUAUUUGGGAAGACAUUGAAGGAGCGAUCUAUGUUGGAAAAUAAUCUGAAGGAAUUAGCCCAGGAGAAAACGGAGCUGGAAAAGUAUGAGAAGCUGGAUAAAAAGCAGCGAGUGCUCCAAUUUAAAGUACUUGAAAAAAGGCAACUAGAAGCAUCGAAAAUGCUGGCUUCUCUUGAUCGUGACAACGACGUGUGGAAAGAAAAGCAGCGUAAGUUACUAGAACAAAAAAUAGAUUCGUUGCAUCAAAUUGCAGCUUUGAAGGAAAAGUUGAGCGAAAACCAAACGGAUGUUUACACUCUGAACGAACGCAAAAAUGAAAUUUUGGAACAGCAUCUGCGUUUGGAGGAACAAAAAGCGAGUCUCGACAUGACAGUGGAAGCAAUGAUGGAUGAACUGAACGGUGAAGCCGAACGAAAGUUACAUGAUCGUGCACAGUUGGAAAAGCUAAACCAGAUGAUCGCUGAACGUGAAAAGGCGUUGCAAAAGGUUUCGAAACAGUGCAAUAAAUUUAGAGAAGAGGAAGACAUACUGAUCAGCAAUGUCAUGGAGAAGGAACAGAUGCGAAACGAGCGUAUGGAUAAAACGCGUCGUGGCAUGCAAUUUUCUAAUCAACAGGCACGUGACCAGUGGCUAACACAGGAAAUAGUAACACUGAGCGAACAAAUCAGUAGCAAAAAAGGUAGCUUGCGUGAGACAAUGACUAACUUAGAGCUAACUGCUGAAAAAUUAGCAAACAGCAAAAAACGUAUACAAUCGGAGAAACAAAUAUUCGACAAAUUGAUUCAGGAUGAGCAGUCAUGUAAAAGCGAUCUUGCGGACAAAAAAAAGAAAGUACAAGAUAGCAUUGAACUACGCGAAUUUCUAUUGAAAAGACGGUAUCACGUUCAGCAUGCAUUGGUGAAGGCCGAGGAAGAGGUAUCCAGGCUGGAAAUAUGCAUGCAACAACAAUUUGGCAAAGCGACCUUCCAGGGCUGGAAAUCAAUACUCAAAGCGUUGUCCAUGAUCGAAUCAGAAGACAUAAGACAGGGCUACUAUGGGAGAGUAUUGGAAGUUCUUCAAUGCGAGGAGAAUAUUCAUCGAGCAGUACAAACAUCGGCGGGUAAUAGACUAUACCAUCACAUCGUAAAAACGGAUGCGGUAGCAAAUGACAUUAUUGCCAUGUGCAACUUGCACAAGCUACCGGGGGAAUUUAAUUUUAUGCCACUUAAUCGACUGCAGCCGCCCGUUUUCAGAUACCCGAAGGAUAAAGAGAUCACUCCUCUCAUCUCUAUGCUUCAGUACAGCAAUAAUUACGAACCCGUAGUGCGAACGAUCUUUAGCAAGAUACUAGUCUGUACUGAUCUCGAAAUUGCGUCCAUGGCCACUCGAAGGUAUGGACUAACCUGCGUUACUCCUGAUGGGGAUAUGACGCGUACUGGGAUAAUAAUGGGAGGAUACCAUGCCCCUAGAAUAUCAGUGAUGAAACUCCAUUUACGCUGGGUUGAAGCUAACGAAAAACUUUUGCAUUUUAAAGACAAAUUGGAUGAUGUGCAAAACGAUAUAAAACAGACAGAUAUAUUAGUAAGCUCCCAUGAGCAAGAGAUCUUGUCCUCAGAAGCCACGCUGUUGAACAUACAAGAAGAAAUAUCAACUGCUGUUUCUUCUCGUCGUACCUUGCCGGAGAAAUGCCGCAAGCUUGAGGAGGACUGUACAGAAAUGGAAAGCAAGAUACGAAGAUACAGAACCGAGCUGGACUUGUUGGAAAGGAAAAAGAACAGUUUGAGUAUGGAAUUGAAUUCGCAACUUCUCGACGAGUUGUCGGUAGAUGAUCAGGUAGCCAUUCAACAGCUCGAUGUUGAAAUCAGAAAUAUGCGUGUGCAGCAGCAUAAGACGUUUGAAGUGUGUCUGAAGGCGCGGGGAGAAAAGAGCAAGUUGGAGAAUAUGUUGCAUACUAAUCUAUAUCCCAAACGAGAAGAGCUUGUCGCAGCACAUGAACGGUCGGAUAUAGCACAACGGAGCAAGCAGUUACAAACGCUUAAGAAAGAUCAGGAAAUUUUUACCAAUAAAAUAGUUCAUUUGCUUAGAAAUAUAAAUGAAACUGAUAAAAGGUUGAAUGAAGCUACGGAAUUGGAUAAAAAAAUAUCUGAAGAGCUGGAAAACUGGCAGCAAAAAUUGAAGACGGUAGAAAACGCGAUAACGGAUGUAGAUCCGGCAAUGAUAUCACAGCAGGCGCAAAAGCAUGAAUGGGAAAAGCAAUGUCACAAAUAUGGUAAAAAAAUUAAUGAUCUCGGCACAUUGCCAGCCAUUGAUCCAAUAUACCAGACAAUGCCUUUAGCGGCUCUUACGAAGGAACUGGAAGAAACAAAAAAGCAAAUGAACAAAUAUGGUAACGUGAAUAAAAAGGCCACCGACAAUUAUUUGAAGCUGCGGCAACGUUAUGAUAAGACUGUUAAAGAAAUGGAGCAUUUGCGGCAAAGCAGGCUGUAUAUCGAUCUUAAUUUCAAGGAUCUUCAGAAGCAACGGACUGCAUGCAUUCAAACUACCUUUGAAUGUGUAAAUAAUAACUUCAGUGAAAUAUUCCGCGCCUUUGUUCCCGCAGGGUACGGUAAGUUGAUCCUGCACACAAAUGACGAUUCCAACGUGGUAGCUCAUGAGGUCGAUGCCGAGUACCACCCAGACCAUCAGGAUCGUUACGUGGGGCUUGGCAUAGAGGUAUCAUUUAAUGGUACUGAAGGAUCUUUGCAAGAGUUGAGGCAACUUUCCGGAGGUCAAAAGACAAUAGUUGCGAUCGCGUUGAUUUUCGCUAUUCAAAAGUACAAUCCUGCACCAUUCUAUCUGUUCGAUGAGAUAGAUCAAGCUUUGGACAGCCAGUACCGCAAAGCUGUUGCUGCUAUGAUACAACAGCUGAGUGAACACUCUCAAUUUAUUACAAUUACCUUUCGCAGGGAGCUUCUGGAACAUGCAAACAAAUUUUACGGAGUGAAGUAUCAAAAUAGAAUUAGUCGAAUAGGCUCAGUAUCGAAGCAACAGGCAUAUGAUUUUGUCGUCCAUGAUGGUGUCGACUGA